UCCUCCUCAACCAGUCGGGGACUCUAUUCUCUCUCUCUCUCUCUUUCCCCCGUAUAUGCUGUUAACAGAUAACAAUACUUUAAAGAUGAAAUAGCCCUUCCAUUGUAUUUACAAAAAUCAUGCCGUCCCGUCCAUCUCCACCACCUCAUGACCACCACAGUCACCAUCCUCCGCUCCUCCCUAUAUUCCUCCCCAUCACCCUAUCUCUCUUUCUCAUCCUCCUCUUCGCCCUCCUCCUUUUCCUUCUCCUAUAUCGCAAGCUCUCCCUCAACCGCACCACUCCAUCCGACAACCACCAGCGCCGCUUCUCCUAUUCCUUCCUCCGCCGCUCCACUUCCUCCUUUUCCUCCUCCAACCUCCUCGGCCAUGGUGGUUUUGGUUCCGUCUACAAGGCCACUCUACCUUCGGGCCAGUAUUUGGCACUAAAGCUCAUGGACUACCCCAGCUCCCUCCAAGGCGAGUUCGAGUUCCACAACGAGCUAUCCAUCGCCUCCGCUCUCCACUCCCCUUACAUCCUCUCUCUCCUCGGCUUCUCCUCUGACCCCCGCCGCCACAAGUUCAUCCUCGUCUACGAGUACAUGCCCAAUCGUAGCUUACAGAACGCGCUGCUCGACAACAAGUGCUCGGAGCUCAUGGGUUGGAAGAAAAGAUUCGACAUUGUUCUUGAUAUUGCCACUGGUCUGUCUUACCUCCACCAUUCCUGUCACCCGCCGGUAAUCCACGGCGAUAUUAAGCCCAGUAAUAUUCUGCUGGAUGCUAAUUUCAAGGCCAAGAUUGGGGAUUUCGGUUUAGCGAGGUUGAAGACUGAGGAUCUUGUAGAUAAGAGGGAAGGCGGAGUGGUUGAGGCUGGAGGGGACAACGGGUCGAUCUUGGAGGAGACUGAGAGCGUGACGACUGGGUUCGAUGAAGCCGGUGGGAUGGCUGUCGAUCGGUCCCCGGAGAGUUGCGAGGUUGGAAUAUUGGAUUCAGAGGCGUCGCCGGAGUAUGCGGCGGUGUCAUCGGAAGCUGGGAUCGAUCAAGCGAGCGCAUCUGAGGGGUGCUUCGAUAAAAUCAGCGUCGAUAGCGGCAAAGAUUUGGCUGGUCACAGUAGAAAGAAAGGGGGUUCGAAGAGGGAUUGGUGGUGGAAGCGGGACAAUGGAGGUGGCUCUGAGUCUGGUAGAGUGAAGGACUACGUGAUGGAGUGGAUUGGUAGUGAGAUUAAGAAGGAGAGGCCCACCAAGAGUGAAUGGAUUGCGUCCCCGAGCUCGGUGGAGAACGAUAGGUUGGGUUCAAAGAUCGAGCAGAAGCAGAGAAAGAGAUUGGGGUGGUGGGCCUCAGAUGAGGAAAGGAUAUCGAGAAGGAAAGAGAAGAAUCGGAAGCCGAGGGAGUGGUGGAAGGAGGAGUUUUGCGAGGAGCUCUCGAAGAAGACGAAGAAGAAGAAACGAGGGACUGGAACGAGUAGCGGUAGAGAAUUGUGGUGGCAGGAGGAUGGGGAUGAGGAGGAGGAUGUGAUGGAGCAAGAGAAGAAGAAGAGGAAUAGCAAGAGGAGUAGAGGCAGCAUCGAUAGGUGGUGGGACGGAUUGAGCGGCGAGCUUAGAAGUGGGGGAAGAAAUAGUCAGGAAUGGAGAAAUGGAACCGAGAUACCCAAGAGCGGCGGUGUCAGUAGCACCCCAAGUAUGAGAGGAACCGUGUGUUACAUUGCUCCUGAAUAUGGCGGUGGUGGUGGGGGGCUGCUCUCCGAGAAAUGCGAUGUUUACAGUUUUGGUGUUCUGCUUUUGGUUAUUGUUUCGGGGCGGAGGCCACUCCAAGUGACCGCCUCGCCGAUGUCAGAGUUCGAGAGGGCCAAUCUAAUAUCAUGGACACGACAACUUGCUCGGAAUGGGAAGCUUUUGGAGCUUGUUGAUGUGUCCGUACAUUCAUUGGAUAAGGAAGGGGCUAUGCUUUGCAUUACGAUUGCACUACUGUGUUUGCAGAAAUCGCCUAGUAAGCGACCCACAAUGAAAGACAUUGUGGGGAUGUUAACAGGGGAGGUUGAGCCACCUCAUCUGCCAACUGAGUUUUCACCCUCACCGCCUUCGAGUUUACCCUUCAAGACACGCAAGAAAGCCCGGUGAUAUCAGCUUGUUGCCUAUUUUCAUUGAAGGUAGAGAGUGUGCAUGUUCUGUUGUCGGUCAUCUCUUGUUUUGCAUAACUCGAUGCCUAAAAGAAAGGAAAAAAAUUGUUUAUAUUUGAUGAA